UCUUUCAUCAGUUUCAAUGGUGAUUGGAAGUUGUUGGUUUUAAUCAUCUUUAAUUGUAUUUUUUUUUCUUUCUCUCGUUAAAUCAAAUUAUAUCACCAACAACAUCAUGAUCAAUGCAAGUUUAACCAGUGUUAACAAUAAUUUAAAUAACGUUAAUAAUAAUAAUAAUCUAGACAACGUUAAUAAUAUCAAUUCGGUGAAUAUUGUUAACAAUAAUAAUAACAACAUCUCCUCUCCUACAAACACCAAUCUAAAUACUUCUGUUUGUAGUAUUGGAUCGCCAACAAGUCCAUCUUCAACCAACAGCUCAUGUUCACCUAAUAGUAACAAUAAUGUGUUAAUUAUCAAUGGAUCUAAUUCAGCUGAUUAUCUGGCACAAUUACUUAAGGACAGGAUCCGUUUACAAGCAUUUCCAAAUGUAUUUGUUCACAUUCAAAGGCUGGUUGACAAUGAAAUAAAAAGGGUCCGAGAUUCACUUUUUCACAUGGAAGGUGAAGAAAAGAAGCCUUUAUUAUUGCCAGAUCCUGAAGGUCAAAUUGUACAGCAACAAGAGAAAGUUUAUGUACCUGCUAAAGAAUAUCCUGAAUAUAACUUUGUUGGGAGAAUCCUUGGGCCUCGUGGUAUGACAGCUAAACAACUCGAACAAGAAACCGGUUGUAAAGUAAUGGUUCGCGGUCGUGGAUCUAUGAGGGACAAGAAAAAGGAGGAACAAAAUCGGGGUAAACCUAAUUGGGAGCAUUUGAAUGACGAGCUUCAUGUUUUGAUUACAGUAGAGGAUACACCAAAUAGAGCUGCAAUCAAGAUGAAAAGAGCAGUAGAAGAAAUUAGAAAAUUGUUAAUUCCUGUUACUGAAGGUGAAGAUGAACUGAAAAAACGUCAAUUGAUGGAAUUGGCCAUAAUUAAUGGAACCUAUCGAGAUGGAACCGUGAAAAAUUGUAUUGAAAGUGAGCACAUGAAACUAAUAGCUCCUCCUAUUGCUCUAACAACACCAAUUCGUACACAUCACACAGCAACAUCUCUUGGUACUCCACUUAUAUUUUCUCCUCGCCAUAUUCAUGUGCCAACAAGCACCACUCUACUUAACGGAAGUACAGCUCCUCCUCCUAUGCUUGGACCAGCUGAUGCUGGAUUUUUAUAUGCACCAUAUGAUUUUCAUCAAUAUGCCGCACUAACUUCGCCAUUGUUAGCAGAAUAUCAAGUAGCAUCACAAGGAGAUACAACCGGUCCUGGCAAAGCAAGGCGGACACCCAGCGUCCGAGAUCACCCUUACCAAAGGCCAGCAACUUAGGACCACUAUUACUACCACUCUACUACUAUCACUACUACUUCCACUAUCUCUACUACUAUUAAGACUUAUAACUACUUCUACUACCAAUACUACCAACAAUAAGCAAACAAUCAAUUGCAAUCAAUCACAACCACACAAACAAACUAGAGCAAUUAAAAACUUCAACCACACAUAACACGCAAUAUAUGCCAACAAUCAUCGCUCAUCUUUAACCUCAAGCUAUUUACAAUCUCUCUCUCUCUCUCUCUCUCUCUAACUCUUCCCUCUCAAAAUCAAAUCUCUUUUUCUCUCUUUCUCAUUUGCAAUCAUUUUGUGCCUUCCUUAGUGCCUUUUAUUCAUGAAUCAUGAAAUCUCAGAUGAAGCUCAUGUCACAAACAAAAACAAAAACAAAUAUUUAGCUCAUUUAUGAUAUCAUAUUAGGUAUCAACUAUUACAAUCAAUAACUACUUGUCUUCCCUAUUUUGUUUCUCUCUCUCUCUUUCUACUCAAUCCUCAUCCACACCCAAAAAAACCUCUUCCUCUCAUCUUCUUUUCCCUUCUCCCACCCUACUCUCUCUCUCUCUCCCCUUUAAUAUAUGAGACAAAAACUUAAUUGUCAUUAUCAUAUUAUUAUUAUAUCAUAGUGUUUCCAUUGUUGCAAAGAAAAUGAAAUUGGCGAUUGUGUCAUUACUACUAUUACUAGAAAAAUACAUUUAGUAAAUUGUCAAACAAACAAACGUUCAAAUUA